AUGAUGGAAUCCAAAAAGCCCCCUGAUGGUGGAUGGGGCUGGGUGAUUGUCAUCGCCUCCUUCUUUACUCAGUUUCUGUGCUAUGGGUCCCCAUUGGCUGUUGGAGUCUUAUACAUCGAGUGGCUGGAUGUUUUCCGUGAAGGCAAAGGAAACACUGCCUGGGUUGGAUCCCUUGCCAAUGGAGUUGGCUUGAUUUUAAGCCCCAUCUGUAGCCUCUCUGUUGAAUCCUUUGGUGCAAGAGCCGUCACGAUCUUCAGUGGCUUCAUGGUGGCGGGGGGCCUCAUGAUCAGCGCCUAUGCCCCAAACCUCUAUUUUCUGUUUUUUUCAUAUGGAACUAUUGUCGGCCUUGGAUGUGGUUUAUUAUACACUGCGGCAGUGACCAUUACAUGCCAGUAUUUUGAUAAACGCCGAGGUCUUGCACUUGGCCUGAUUUCAACAGGUUCCAGCGUUGGACUUUUUAUAUAUGCUGCACUUCAGAGAGAACUGCUUGAACUGUAUGGAUUAGAUGGAUGUCUGCUCAUUGUGGGUGCCGUGGCACUAAAUAUAUUACCCUGUGGCAUUUUGAUGAGACCCUUGGGAUCUUCUACCAGCCCUCCACCAGAAAAAGCACCUGUUGAAAGUGUUUCUGCCCAAUACUCCAUAUACAAUGAGAAAGAAAAGACCCUAGAGGAGAAUGUUAGCAUCCUUGAAAAAGGCUACAGCGAAGAAAAAUUUGUGAGACCUUUGACCAUUAGUGCUUCCAAACAAGAGAGUUCAUUACAUGAGAAGGAAGCAGCCACAGCACAGACGAAAGAAACUGAUGUUUACAAAAAGAAAGUCGUGGAAAAGAAGUAUUUUUGUAAACAGCUGGCCAAGAGAAAAUGGCAGCUGUGCCAGAGCUACUGGGCAGGAACAGUUCUCUUAUUCAAGAAUAAAGUCUUUUCUGCACUUUUUGUUGCUAUCUUGCUUUUUGACAUUGGGGGCUUUCCACCCUUGCUGAUGAUGGAAGAUGUUGCCAGAAGUGCAAACGUGAAGGAGGAAGAAUUCGUCGUGCCUCUUGUUUCAAUCAUAGGCAUUAUGACAGCUGUUGGAAAGAUUGUCUUGGGCAUGCUGGCGGAUGUCAAGUUCAUCAACACUGUCUAUCUCUAUGCGGCCACCUUAGUACUGAUCAGCCUGACCUUGUGUGCAAUUCCCUUUGCCAAAAGCUAUGUCUCAUUGGCAGUACUUUCUGGGAUGAUAGGGUUUUUAACUGGCAACUGGUCCAUCUUCCCAUAUGUGACUACCAAGACUGUGGGAAUUGAGAAAUUGACCCAUGCCUAUGGGAUUUUAAUGUUCUUUGCAGGAGUUGGAAAUAGCCUGGGACCACCCAUUGUUGGUUCGUUUUAUGACUGGACGCAGAGCUACGACAUCGCGUUCUACUUUAGUGGCUGUUGUGUUCUGCUCGGCGCGUUGAUUCUGCUGCUUGCUGCCAUUCCUUGGGGGAACAUGUGCCACAAAGCCAGCACCAAGCCAGCCUCAAGGCCUUAUGUGUACCGAGCCGCGUCUCAAGCGUAGGGGACACGGGGAUGCCUCUUAAUGCCAUUUUAUGCUCUCUCUCUAGCAAAGUCCUAAAGAGGUUUUGCAAGUGGCUCAAGUAGUCAAGACUCUUUUUCUAUUAGACCAAUUCCCUGGUGGCUGGCUCUGAGCCACCAUCGCCAUCCCUCUCCCCCAGCCUCGUUGGGCUGUAUUAUCUUGUUGCCCAUUAAGUGGGUCUCUUUUGCUACACUGUCACCCUCAAGGUCUUGAAAUGGCUGCAAACUUAGAUGGCACAAGGAGAUGCCUCUCUGCAUCAAGGAGUGACAUUUCCCUACCCACUUUGCCAGCCCCAUAAUGAGAUACCCAGAAAGGGAAGUCUUCUGCAUUUCAAACUGUGAAGCAGCCAGUCUAAUGAGAUGCACACAGAUGCCACUGGGGUC